AAAACAUUCAGUACUUCUGAGAACGUGUGGCGACCAUGUGGAAGAGACCGUCGAAUCGAAUCUAGAUAGCAAGCACGUGCGUGUGCUGAACCACCGUGGCUUGUGCCUUGGUUCGUAGUAUCGUACUCGAGGCUUCCAGCCUGCCCACCAGUCGUCGUCUCUUCCUCACAUACCAUGGACUCGGAGACAGCUGUACUCAGUCUCAAUGGCAACAGCGGCGGGUACAGGGACUCCCUGCUGAGGCGGUCAUGGCACGCAAUGUCGGACAUUCUCUCACCGUUCUCACCCUCGGCUUUAGCCUCGCUUCCGAAGAGAACGCUACGCAGGAGACCACGCUACACUCGUAACGACAAUGUCCCGGAGGCGGAGAGCGAUGAACAUGGGCAGAUGCCCACGGUGCGGGACUACCAUGCUAUCAACAGCGUGCCGCCCCAGGUGAGGGUCCCGAAGAAGAUUGCUACACCUAUCAAGGUCGAGGGAAAGGUCUGGUUUGCGAAUGAGCGGACCUGGAUUGCAUAUCUGAACAUGUCUGUCCUCAUCGGAACUUUGGCGCUUGCGCUCUUCAACGGGUCAAAGGACGAUGUGUCACGAUACUUUGCAUACGCAUAUGCUGGCAUCAGUGUGGGCAUUUUGGUGUAUGGCUAUGCGGUCUACCAGCAUAGAAUCACCCUCAUUCAGAAACGCGAUCCAGGGUCCUUCGUUCAAAUCCUUGGACCGGUCAUGAUCAGCGUAUUACUGUUCGUCGCCGUGCUCGCCAAUUUCGUUAUCAGGGGUACGUCCAUCGCGGUGUCGAGCAGAUGUCUUCUGACAGACAGAAUAUUCACCUCCGCCUCAUACGUUCAGUUCGGGAGCUGUGCGUAACGAUCGCUCCAUUCAUGCGCCAAGACACUAACUCCGUCUAGGCAAAGACAAAAUGUCGAAGUCCCGGGGCUGUCUCUCUUCGAAUUCUUACGUCCAUCUGCUUGACCGAAGUAUAGGGACAUCUACUUUGACACCUAUGUGACAUGGCUAUCCUUUUCUCUUCGGAAAUGUCGUUUCUGUCUUGUGUGCCUUAACCUGCUUUU